AUUUAAAAAGAAAUUGAAAUGAAAUGACCUAAAUUCAAAAAUAUUGCGAAUUUUCCAAUUUGAACCAAGCCCGAUUGGAAUUACAAAAAGAGGAAAGAGAUAACAUUGCAUAAUGAUUAACAUACUGAAUGACAUCCAAUGAAGCAGUAAUUUGAUUAUUUUAGUGUAUUCUAGUCAUUUUGAUCGGGAUUGGUACUUUUUCCUCAGGUUUCAAAUCAAAAUUAUGAAAUUUCAAUAUCUUUUUUAAACUUGUGUUUGUCUAAUAUAUCGUUUUUCCAAUCGACAUGUUAGUGAAGAUUUUAACCGUAGAUUUAAAGAGUAUUAAAAAAUUAUGGUUAUUAUCAUCAUAAGCUGUUUUAUCUAUAUUUUUUUUAGAAUGCCUAUAGCCGAGUAUUCUUGGCAUGUUUUACUAGAUAUAUCAUUAGCUUAUAGUAUGUACCAAAUCACAAUUAAAAUAUCUUAUUUGCAAUAAAACACCCCUCUCUAUUACAAAAAAAAAAAAAAAAAAUACAAAAACUAAAACUGAAAUCACUCUUUCAAAGGUGAAAUCGUACCUCAUAUGAGGUUCUUUAUCGAGCCUGAACAUAACAUUGCAGUGAAACCAAUGACAAUGAUCGUUAUUCUCAUGACUGUAUAAAAAUGCCAAGUAGAUGUACAGGGUGUUAAAAAUUCAUAAUAAAUAGAAAACAACACAUGCUUGUGGAAGGCACAACAGCGGGUAAGUGACCCAGGAGAGAUUUAAACAAUCGGAGUGACCGAGGCAAUUCACCGUCACUGAUGCGAAACAUUACCUACGUACUUAUAUAAUCACAGAUCACAUGUGUGCAUGUUAGUUAUGAUUUGAAAAUAGAUAAGGUAUCUGAUAUCUGAACAUGUUAAAACAGACACUCGUCAUUUAAUCGGAAGACGAAAUCAUAAUGCAAUCAUAAAUUUAUCAUAACCUUAUGGCGAUAUGUCUCACAGUACUCGUGUUUGAGGGGCAAUAGCUAAGAUAAAAAUCUAACACAGUUUGUGUGUAUUGGUAUUGUCAGUGUACUUUGACGUGUAGGUAUAACCUAUAUUGAGAGUGCUUUUUAAAUAUUUCUACCGGAUUAAACAUUCUCUGUGUUAAGUUUUAAGCCUGAAGAAGAUUUAAACACAGGUUGUAAAACCACCACUGAAGACCGUGUAGUAUAGAGUGCACGUUUGUUAUCUAUCGGGGGAACUUUAAACUUUUUAAAAGAAGAAGGGUAUUUCCUAUUGCGAUAAAAUAUCGACAGAAGACGGGGAAAAAGGGGCGUAUAAAUUAUUGCAUUUACUGUGCUUCAACUCGACACCAUAAGGAAUAUUUUCUUAUGUAACUUCCUUAUUCGGCGUGGAAAAUGUUCCGUGAUUCUUAAGUUACCUCUUGAAAGAUCUGAAGAUAAACCUUAAGGAGAUUGUACACAAUAUCUUCGUUGUGUCAUUUUAAAACUAUGGAGCGUGCGGAUACCUACAAUACAUUGGGGGAUCUGUGCGUGUCUGACCUUCAGUCAUUGACUUGAGCAUGACCAUUCACGCAACACGGAGUUCAGAUUGACAUUCAAUUCCAUACGCGGUUCGGCUAUGAAUGCUUCAACUGUUACUGUUUCAAAUAUUUCAGAAAACGCUUCUGAUUUGGAUUUUUAUUCUGUUUUGAGGGAAUUGAACGACCAGGCAGCACUGCGGUUUCUGCCCGUCAUUAUUUUCCUGUUUCUUUUGAUGAUAUGUGGGAUAUUUGGCAAUGUGCUCGUGUGUAUUGUAUAUAUCAGAAAAAGAACAAAACUAUCACCGGAUUAUUUCAUCCUAAACUUAGCCUUCCUAGACCUGCUAACAUGCAUUAUUGGGAUACCGGUGGAAAUAGCCGAUCUUCGUUAUCCCUACAUGUUCUAUGCCCCCGCGGCAUGCAAACUCCUCCGGACCAUAGAAUCGCUCUCCGCCAUGGGGUCAGCGUUGACCCUGGUGGCAAUAUCUAUAGACAGGUACCAGCGCAUCUGUAGACUGGGACAACACUUUAAUAACUCCACAGUGAAGAAGCUGUGUGUCGGUGCAAUAGUGAUGGGCGCGGUCAUUGGUUGGCCAGCGGCUGUAGUGUUUGGAAAGAAAACGGUGGAUGUCGGAGUUCCGGGGAUACAGGGCGUGGACUGUUCCACGUCUGACGAGAUGCGGCAGACUAUAUACCCCCUGCUUUACUACGGUGCAAUAAUGCUGUGUUUCGUCGUCUCCGUCGUGUUCGUGGUGUUCGUGUACUUAAGGAUAUCUAUAUUUAUCCGCAAAGGAAUCUCAUUAAGAAGAAACCGAUCAAAUGACCCUGUAUCGGCCUACUCAUUGCACUUACAAUUUAUAGCGGACGAAAAUACAAGUGGUUCCUCGCCAAGUCAAGCACACCCCAUGUUAGAGGCCACGCCCCAAAAUCGCAGACGACAAGUGAACAGCGUAAGAGUGACGCGGACCACCACCAUCUUUGUUGCUGUGACUGUUGCCUUUAUUCUGAGUUAUCUCCCGUUUCUCAUUUUGAUGAUCAUUCGGAGCGUGAAAAAAGAUUUUGAGGACGGUCUGUCGUCUGAUGUAGAGGUCGUUUACAAAUUCUUUUUGAAGUCAUAUUUUGUGAACAAUGCAAUCAAUCCGAUGAUCUACAGUUUUUUGAACAAGAGAUUCCGAAGUGAUGUUAAACGUCUAUUGAAAUGUAUCAAGUGACUGUUAAUUAUAUUGUUUAAAUCUUUAUUUGAUAUCGCAA